AUGGCGCCGUCGAUCAUUCAUCUACCUGAUGGCCAGACAUUUACUGUGCAGCCUGUCUUUUCAGGCUUGCAGUUCAAGUCAAACGAUAUGAACCUUGGCCGUGCACCCUCACCAUUCCCGCCAGGGUGGACAGUUGUGCUGCACACGGAAGAUGACGAAGACACCAAGUCAACAGAGCAUUCUAAUGGAACAAACUCGGCAGACACUCUUGGCAACGGUAACGAAGAGCCGCAGUCGCCCACGAGAUCCAAGGUACACGCAUUCAGGCAACCAACCCUCCAGAACGACACAAUCUUCAUCUCUAGUAUUGUGACGCCGUCUUCGGAGGACUUUGAGCCUGCCAAGAGUCCUUCCCGUCAGAUAGCGCUCAUGCUCUAUAUCACCCUUUAUUGGUAUUUCCAGCAGCCCGAGCCAUCGGCUCACCUCGAGACGGAACAAUCUCGGUACACACCACCUGAAGCCAGACCAAGAGGCGAAUGGCGCAUCCGGAUCAAGCGAGAGGGUGUCCUCCAUUCUCGGAAUAUGAUUCCGAAGCUGGAGAGAAUGGGCCUCAUUUCGACCAUGGAUUCUGCUGUUGGCACGAGUUUGGAUGAGAACUCAGAGGGCUGGGACCACAUGUUUGCCUCGCAACGAGCUUUCUGGCAGAUCCCCUUUGGCCUAUUUCUGUUCACGUUGGAGCCCAAACGACAUGGCUCCUCCCGUCCUGGGUCGCCCAUUGAUAGUAGCAGGGCCACAUCCCCAAUGAGGAACGAACCUGGCUGGAAGGGUCACUCUUCGCAUAUCUCGAUCAACGGUUUGCUCUCCGCUGAUGUGCCCGGAGGUCCUACUCCAAUGUCUAUUACAAACUUGCCGACAUACCCACUGACGCCGUAUUUCUCGGCAUCACACAUGCCCACGUACUACCCACCGCCGCCUCUCCAAUAUGUGGAGACUGACGGUGUGCGACAUCCUCUGCGCCCAAAGCCGCAUCGUAUGGGUGAGAUCUUUUACACGAGAUACGUUCCUAGUGUAGGAAAGUAUCUAUCGUUCCGUGUCGCCUCGGCUUCUCCGAGUCCGGUACCAUACUUGGGCCCUAAAAGUCACGAGGCCACCCAAGAGCACGGCCAUCUAGCCAAACUUUCCGACGCAGCUUUGCUGGAAAUGUGGAUGGACAAUCCUCGUGUAACCAAAUUCUGGGGAAAAUAUCAAUCCGACUUUUUGUCCAAUGCUUUGAAGUCCAAGCACUCAUUUCCAGCCAUUGGCUCUUGGGAUGGCGAGCCAUUUGGCUACUUUGAGAUAUAUUGGGUCAAGGAGGAUGUCCUAGGAAAGCGCAUCAAGGCAGACGAUUAUGAUAGGGGAAUCCAUGUUUUCAUUGGCGAGGAGUGGGCUAGAGGCCUUGUUCCACAAUGGUCCUCAAGUUUAGCUCAGUGGAUUUGGCAGUCGGACCCCAGAACCAUGAGUAUUUGCCUCGAGCCCAGGAUUGAUAACACGAGGUUCAUUGAUUUGUUACAGAAUGAAGGAUUCAACAAGGAGCGCCAGGUUUCUUUCCUUCACAAACAGUCCUGGUUGGUCCGCCUCAGACGAGAAACCUGGACAGGGCCACGUCUAUAG